GCGCAACAGGUGCGUGCAUCCAUCCACCCACCCCACCCAUCUGGGAAAACUUCCUCAUCAAUCAUUCAUGAGAUGCUAAUGAGGAAGGAGCGAAGUCCAACUCGAGAGAGCGCGACCGAGAGAGACAGUGUGUGUCUGUAGUGUGUACACUAGAACUGAGUUUGCGGAAGGUGAGGGACUGUCGUCGCAUGAAACGAGAUCACUUUUCGGACGUGAAGAGGAUCACCACACCAGACAUGUCCCCAUCUGUGUCUCCGCGCUUUUUCUCCACCAAGGAGGUUUCACGCCACAACUCCAAGGACUCGUGUUGGGUUCUGUUAGGCACAAGAGUUUACGAUGUGACGGGCUUCUUGAGAAUGCACCCCGGCGGAGAGUCGCUCAUCCUCCGCCGCUCCGGGACGGACAUCAGCCAACAGAUGGACGGACCACCUCACCGGCACUCGGAGAACGCCCGGCGCUGGUUAGAGCAGUACUACAUCGGAGAGCUUGACAGAGAUGAUGAGAGCGAUGACACACAGGCCCCCAGACAGAGGAGGAAAGGCAAAGAUGUGACAGAAGAAGACGAUGGAACUGGAAUCAGCAAAUGCAGCAAAGUUGACCUGGAGACGGAUCUGGUGGACUGGCGGAAGCCCCUGGCGUGGCAGGUGGGCCACCUGGGAGAGAAGUAUGAUGCCUGGGUACACCAGCCUGUCGACCGGCCAAUACGCCUCUUCGAGUCCGAAUUCCUGGAGGCCAGAACAAAGACCUCAUGGUAUAUGGUCCCACUGGUCUGGAUGCCUUUAGUGUUCUAUCUAAGCCACUACUGCUGGACCCUACUGUCCCAGGAAAGAACUAGACUGCAUCUCACAUCAAACUACUCGGUCCUGGUGAGUAAGUACAGUUUCCCGGUGAUCUUCAUGCUGGGCAUGUUCCUCUGGUCCUUCAUCGAGUACUGCAUCCACCGCUUCGUCUUCCACAUGCGGCCGCCCGCCCACAACUAUUACCUCAUCACCCUCCACUUCCUGCUCCACGGACAGCACCACAAGUCUCCAUUCGAUGGCUCUCGCCUGGUCUUCCCCCCGGGGCUGGCCUCCGUGGUGGUGGGCACCUUCUACCUGACCUUGCGGGCCCUGUUCUGCGAGGGCCUGGCCGUGUCCCUGUUCGUGGGUGGCCUGUGUGGCUACGUGGUCUACGACAUGAUCCACUACUACCUGCAUUACGGCUCUCCGCAAAAGGACUCCUACCUGUACGGCCUCAAGGCCUACCAUGUCAAGCACCACUUCGAGCACCAACGAGCAGGAUUUGGGAUCACCACCACAUUCUGGGACCACCCCUUCAACACAGUCAUCCCGUCCGAGGAGGCCUUUUAACGCAAAAUUCACCAGGGACAAGACCAUCAUCACAGAAAACAAAUACGAAACACACACACACACACACACACACACACACACACACACACACACACACACACACACACACACACACACACACACACACACACACACACACACACACACACACACGUACACACACACACACCUGUUCUGCGCGUCCCUCCCUCUUCCCUUUCCUUGCUCUGCUUUUCGCUGUGGCUACGUUCUUAUCCCAAGAUGAUGGAAGUGUCAGCCAGCCAAUCACACGAAAGGGGCGGGGCGGUGGCCUGGGGAGUGUUGUGUCAUGUUUGUAUUUUGGAUAUUGUAUCGGACAAAAUAUUUUAUAUAAAAACAAAAAGAUUAUUAUCUUUAUUUGUAUGACAGUUAAAAAAAGAGGCACCAAAAAUGAAGUCUUAUUCUUGUUAUGUUUUGAUUCCUCUUCCAUUUACCUAUGGAUUGAGUUUGGAUGUGGAUGUGUACUGUAUAUGUGUCUUUGUGUGCAUUGAUUAUUCGGGAGGCUGCAAGUUUGUAAGUUGUUGAGAUGUGAGUGUUUUUAUGGAUGUGUAAAUACAAAGAAACAUGAUUUGAAGAGAGUGGGUACAUGGUUUAUGUUAAUGUGUGUGUGUAUGUGUUGUUUAUGUGUGUGUGUGUGUGCGUGCACGUGUGUCAAAGACAGAAGCAGGUAUUUGGAAGUGUGAGAAGGAGUGUGAACGUUUCUAGUGAGGGGGAAGGUCCUGUUGUCCCGGUAGCAGGUGUUGGGCAGGGAUGGAGUGGUGGGGGUUCUUCUGACGCCGGAAUGUAGAGAGGUCUUCUGUGGUCGUGUCCUUAUUGUCUGAAGUAAUGAAAAAAAUGAAAGAAAAAAAUGUGUAAUUUGUAUUUAAAUGUGUCAUUAUUAUCACUUGGUAAUGAUUUUCUCUCCAGAACCCUUCUUUGGGUUUGGGAAGAAAGAAGCAGCUGGAUUGCUGCUUAGGGGAUAUUUAUUUUCUGAUUUGUUUUUUCUUUUCUUUUUUUGUCUGUGGUCUGGACUUCUCUUCUCACUGGUGGUGUUGGUGGCACCUCGUUUCACUUCGACUCCUCAAACAAAAAAAACAAAAACAAAAAAAACUAAUUUAACCAAUGAUAUCGAGCUUCAGUCAGUCUGCAACUGAUGUCAAAACGUCAUCAAGUGGUGUUUCAGAAACCAAUCCUCUUCGGGAACUGAAACCUUGCCAGGCUUAGUCAUCGAAGUGACAGAUUUAAUGGACAUGGUGAAGUGGUGGUGGCCUUUCUGUGGUACUCCAGCUGUUCUGAGAGCAGUUGUAUUAGCUCACGCCAGAACUUUCUCUCAUACCUCUUGCUUGGAGCCUGCUCCUGCCUCCCCCACCCCCCCCCUGCUGGCCAUAGCGUACCAUUGCAUCCUCAGCCAUUUCACUCCCUCUUCAUAUUCAUCCCUGUCUGUGGCACUCCUGCUUUGACUGCUGCUCUUGCUGCUUCAUUCAUUUUUCCCCCCUCCCUAAUCUGGGGUGCAUUUCUCGAAACCGUAGUUGCUAGCCAGUUAGCAACUUAGGUAGUUGACAAUGGGAAAUUGCAUUACAAACAACAAAGUUGCUAAUGUAGUCCGCAACUACGGUUUCGAGAAAUGCACUCCUGAACAUGUACCUUCCUUCAUUGCCAACACAGUCAUUGUUUUAGUCACAUGAAAAAAAUGAACAACAUUUUAGUAGACCUCCAUACGUUGUGUCACUGACCAGACGCACGCGCACACGCAUACACACACACACACACACACAACACACACACACACACGCACUUACUAGGCUAUGAUUAACAAUAUAAUGAUAAUACUGUCUUCAAAGGGCAUCUUGAUACUCCUGUACCCCUUCUAGGUAGCCUGUGGACUAGUAGCACACGUGUGAGUGUACAGGUGUCUUGAUGUACCAUGUACAACCAUUUGUGUUUGUCUGUGGUGUGGUGUGUGGGUCAGGGUUGCGUUUCUCAAAAGUGUCGUUGCUAGCCCGUUAACAAGUUAGUUGGUUACCAGUGGGGUAAUUGCAUUGCAACCCAACAAGGUAGCUAACGUAGUUAGCAACUACAGUUUUGAGAAGCGCACUCCAGGGCUGGUGUUGUCUGGGCAACGGGCACUGAGGAUAUGACGCAUUGGGUUUGGGCCUCUCUCUCUGCUCACAUUGUUCAUUGCCAUCAGGGCAAACAAACAUCUCAUAAGCCUAUAUCAUAUGUUUGAAUAGGUGUGUGUGUGGGAGUGUGUGUAUGUGUGUUUAAGUGUAUGUGGGUGUGUAUGUGGUCAUGUUCAGUGCAGUCCUCUGUAUGACGAUGAUCUACGGUAUGAAGAGUCAUCUGAUGGGGGGUGCUGCAGAAGAGAUGGGGGGUGCGGAAGCCCUGCUGAGUCCUCAGUACUACGUGCCUUAUUGACACACACACGCACACGCACACGCACACACACACAUACACACACACACACACACACGCACAAACAGCAAUUCACACAAAAAAACAAGUUGAGUUCCAUCCAAUGAAAUAUACAACAUUCUCAUCUUGUGGGUGUCGUAAUUAGCAAACCCUCUAGCUUUGAGAUGUGUUAGCAUGUGCUAAUGAAUGUCGAAGUUCAAUUCUAGUGCUACCACAUGCUGUUCCUGGUAGCCUACGGCUGUGUGUUAGCUUGCAGGACUGUGUGAACGCUCACAGUAGCACUCGCUAACAACGUACAGCUGUCUAUGACUAGAAUAAUGUUUCUAUAUAUCAUCUUUGAAAAUAGAUUAUUGAAAUGGGAACAGUAAUGACAUACAUAAACCAUAUCCUGUCAAAUAAUACAGAGAACACCGCUUUGGAAGUAAAUCUCUGUUGUUGUUGUCAUGGUGACUGUGUGGCUCACUAGCUCACAAACUAUCAGGAAAUGAGCACAAAGCCUGUUGGUGUCACAUCUUUGUCUGCGUCUUUGUCUGUGUCAGUUUGAGUGGAGGUUUAAUUGUGUAUGUAUGUGGUCUGACAGAGAAGUAAGUGUGUGUGUGUGUGUGUGUGUGUGUGUGUGUGUGUGUGUGUGUGUGUGUGUGUGUGUGUGUGUGUGUGUGUGUGUGUGUGUGUGUGUGUGUGUGUGUGUGUGUGUGUGUGUGUGUGUGUGAUUCAAAAUUGUAAUAAUAAAUAAUUAUUAUAUAUAACAUAAAUCUGUUUACUUAUAUUUUGAAUGUUUAGAUUUAUAAAAAUGUCUAUGCAAAUGCAUGUGUAAAUAAAAUGUGUGUAUA